AUCCCACCCCAGCCCUAUCCCUCUACUCCCUAUCCCCUCCGGCUCUGCCGCUUAACCCGCUUGCCCUGAUCCCCGCCUCCCCCAGCCACCCUCGACUUGUCCGGGCCUGCACGGGCCCCCACCCCGGAGAACAAUGUUCCCUCGCCCGCUGACCCCGCUGGCGGUCCCAAAUGGCGCUGAGCCCCUGGGCCGCGGCCUGAGACGGGCCCCGCUGGGCAGGGUGCGGGCCGGGCCGGGGGGCCCGCCACUGCUACUGCCGUCCAUGCUGAUGUUUGCAGUGAUCGUGGCCUCCAGCGGGCUGCUGCUCAUGAUUGAGCGGGGUAUCCUGGCCGACAUGAAGCCCCUUCCCCUGCACCCUCCCCGCCGCGAAGGCGCUGCCUGGCGCGGGACCGAACCCAAGUCCGGGAUACUACCCCUGGCUGCCGGGGACUCAGACUUCCAAGUUCGACAGGACGUCCGGAACCGGACCUUGCGGGCGGUGUGCGGGCAACCGGGCAUGCCCCGCGACCCCUGGGACCUACCCGCGGGGCAGCGGCGCACCUUGCUGCGCCACAUCCUCGUGAGUGACCGCUACCGCUUCCUCUACUGUUACGUGCCCAAGGUGGCCUGCUCCAACUGGAAGCGAGUGCUCAAGGUGCUGGCGGGAGUCCUGGACAGCGUGGAUGUCCGUCUCAAAAUGGACCACCGUAACGACCUGGUGUUCCUGGGCGAUCUGCGACCGGAGGAGAUCCGCUACCGCCUGCAGCACUACUUCAAGUUCCUAUUUGUGCGCGACCCCUUGGAGAGGCUGCUCUCGGCCUACCGUAACAAGUUCGGUGAGAUCCGCGAGUACCAGCAGCGUUAUGGCGCAGAGAUCGUGAGGCGGUACCGGGCUGGGGCGGGACCUAGUCCUGCCGGGGACGACGUCACCUUCCCCGAGUUUCUGAGAUACCUGGUGGACGAGGACCCUGAGCGCAUGAAUGAGCACUGGAUGCCCGUGUACCAUCUGUGUCAGCCAUGUGCCGUGCACUACGACUUCGUGGGCUCCUAUGAGAGGCUGGAGGCUGAUGCCAACCAGGUACUGGAGUGGGUGCGGGCUCCGCCUCAUGUGCGCUUCCCCGCGCGCCAGGCCUGGUACCGGCCGGCCAGCCCAGAGAGCCUGCACUAUCACCUCUGCAGCGUCCCCCGGGGCCUGCUGCAAGACGUGCUGCCCAAGUACAUUCUGGACUUCUCCCUCUUUGCCUACCCGCUGCCCAAUGUCACCAGGGAAGCCUGUCAUCAGUGACCCUGGGUGUGGGGCUAGCAGGGCCAGCGCCUCUCACUUCUGCCUUGUAACUCAGCCCCUGGAGGAGGGGCAUACUUGGGCCUUGAAGAGGUUCCUUGUGCGGGUUUACCAGGAACUCAGAGGACAGGGCCUGUGGCUACACAGUGGGCUGUGUCCUGGCCCCUGUAGGGUCCUUUCCCGCCCUGGCAGAGGUGGGUACCAGCUUGCCAGUGAAGCAGUGCCUACAUCUGAAGGCUGAUUUCAGGCUCCCCAGCUGCAGGGGGCAUUUAGCGCCACUCACCCUUGACCACAGCUGGAGGCGGCAGUCCUCAGGAGCUGUGGCCGUGGGCCCUGUCACCCCCAGGUGCUGCAGGACUGUGGUGAGCAGUCAUGCCUUUCCCACGUUCUGUGCCUUCCACUUCAACACUUGCCAGAUCCUUUCCCUGCUUCCAAGGAAAGGCAGCAGGGACCCUGCUUGAUAGCUCCAGGACUGGUCCGUAGAAACCCAAAGACCCGUGCCCCAUCUCUUCCUGAGGCUCUGGGAUCCUCUUUGCUUGUCCUGUCCCUUCUGUCCAGGUCUUUGAGGUUGGGAUUCUGCUUGGUGUAUCUUGUUGCCUGUUUUCCAGUGCAUUUAUUUAAGAUUUGUACUUUUUGAUAGAACUCUUUCAAGGGCUGUGUUUUCCUACCAGCUGACUUUUUAAUAAAGUGGUUUUGUAUAUAAAGCAAAAACCUCCAUGACUGCCCCUCUGAGCUCUGAUGGGUCCAGCCCAGCCCCUGGUGGCUGUUUGCCCUAGGGAGGGGAGGGGGCUUGCAGGUGGAAGCAGUGAGAGCCAGAGCAAAGGAUUUGGGCUGGCCCAGAGGGGCCACUGUCACCCAGAGGAGCUACACCAGCUCCCAGACUGGGCUCAAGGAGU